UCAAGUAAGAAGGGCCCAGAAAUUUCCAGACCAAGACCUUAGAAACGGUGUCGGUGCCGUAUCAGAGGCAAGCAUCUUCUUGAUCCGCCUAGGCCCUCCGUAGCAGAGGCAGAGGCAGCGGCGUAGUUCCAAAAUGGUGGUGAUUGAACCGGCGAUAGAGAGUGAAGAAACCAAUCUCAAUCCAAAGCAAUCGUCUUCAUCCACAACGACACCACCAGCAACAUCGGCAGAGUCUGCUAAGGAUGCUUCUGAUGGAUUCGAAACCGCUAGCGAAGGGGAACCGGAAACUGACGAUGAAGAAAGCGACGGCGGCGCCGGUGAUGAACAACAACAGCAGCAAGUCUCUUCCUGCGAGGAUGCCUUGAACGACGAUCAGUUGAAAGAGAAAGCCUUAGCACAAGCAAAUGAUGCAAAAAUGGAAGGCAACAAACUUUUUGGAGCUGGGCAGUAUCAGGAGGCAUUAUCACAAUAUGAACUUGCUUUACAAGUUGCACCAGAGAUGCCAUCAUCUGUUGAAAUACGUUCGAUAUGCCAUGCAAACCAAGCUAUUUGUUUUUUAAAAUUGGAAAAAUUUGAGGAUGCAAUCAAGGAAUGUACAAAAGCAUUAGAGCUAAAUCCUACGUACAUGAAAGCUCUGACCAGAAGGGCAGAGGCUCAUGAAAAGCUUGAACACUUUGAAGAGGCUCUUGCAGAUACAAAAAAGAUUCUAGAAUUGGAUCCUUCAAAUUCCCAAGCUAGGAGAGCCAUUCCCCGCCUGGAGCAACUGGCCAAAGAGAAGCAAGAAAAGUUGAAGGAAGAGAUGAUUGGGAAGCUUAAAGACAUGGGCAACUCUUUGUUGGGCCGUUUUGGGAUGAGCGUUGACAACUUCAAAGCUGUUAAAGAUCCGGAGACUGGGCAAUAUUCCAUUUCAUUCCAGCGCUAGUACAGUUGUUUGGGUGAAUUACUGAACAUAGAUCUUCAAGGAACACAAAAAUGCAGGGGAAAUGAAAGCAAGCCGGUGGGACACCAAUUUGCAGGAAUGAUUUUGGCUAAAGUGCCCGAGUGUGUAUCAUGAUAGAAUUUAGGAAUUGACUUUUGCCUCAUGAGAGGACUUGAGUGAUGCAAUUGCUAUAUUGGAGAGAUGUGAAUUGAUGCUAUUAAAUAACUCAAAAAAGUGAUUUAAGUUAUUUCAUGUAUGCCGCCGCAUAAACAUAUCUUUAGCUUCUAAAACAACAAUUGGAAAAUUAGAUUUUGAUUCUGUCCUGAAA